GGCUCGGCUCGGCUCGGUUCGGGCGUCCCGGUUCGGCCCGGCUCGGCCCGGCCCACCAUGAACCGCUUCAAGGCGUCCAAGCUGCGGCACACCGAGGCCCGGCUGCCCCGCAGGGAGGCCUGGAUUGGGGGUCUCCGAGCUGGCUCCGUCGCGUCCUGCGGGAACCACGUGAAGGCCAGCUGCCACUGGGUAGUGUUCAGCGCCGAGGCGACCGGUGUGCUGGGCAUCGUGCCGCUGGAGGGCAAGGAUGGAGGCAAGAGGACCGUGUCUCAGCUCUGCUGCCACUCAGACGUGGUGACAGACUUUGACUUCUCACCGUUCGAUCAGCUCCUGCUGGCCACGGGCUCCGCUGACGAGACGGUGAAGGUUUGGCGCCUGCCCGAGAGCGGCCAGGACCUGCCCAGCGGCGCGGGGCUGACGCUGGGGCCCGGCGGGGGCCCGGUGGACGUGCUGCAGUUCCACCCCACGGCGGACGGCGUCCUGGCCAGCGGCGCGGGGAAGCGAGUCACCGUCUGGGACGUGGGGCAGCAGCAGCCGCUGGCAGCACUGGAAUCUCACGGGGACCAGCUGCAGAGCCUGUCGUGGAAGCGAGACGGCCGCCUCCUGGGCACCUCCUGCAAGGACAAGAAGCUGCGGAUCUUUGACCCCCGAGCCAGCCCGGCUGCAUCCCAGAGCGUCCCGGGACAUGAGAACAACAAGGACUCCCGGCUGCUCUGGAUGGGCGCCAGCGAUUGCCUCAUCUCCGUGGGGUUCAGCCAGAUGCGCGAGCGGGAGGUGAAGCUCUGGGACACGCGGAAGUUCGGCGGCGCGACUUUCACCUUGACGCUGGACACCUCGCCCGGGGCCAUGAUCCCGCUGUUCGACGCCGACACGGGGCUGCUGGUCCUGGGGGGGAAGGGAGAAAACCUCCUGCACUGCUUCGAGGCGACGCCGGCACAGCCCGCGCUCACCCAAGUCACCCAGUGCCUGACCGAGGGGCGCACGCGGGGCCUGGCCGCCGUCCCCCGCCUGGCCCUGGACGUCAUGGCCUGCGAGGUGCUCCGCGUCCUGCAGCUCACCGACACCUUCCUCGUCCCCGUCAGCUACGUCGUGCCCCGCAAGUCUGUCCAGGAGUUCCACGAGGAUCUGUUCCCCGACUGCGCCGGGGUGCUGCCGGCCACAGGUGCCCAGGCCUGGUGGGCAGGGGACAGCCAGCAGGUGGGGAAGGUGAGCCUGCACCCGGCACGCAGACCCACGCAGACCUUCCGCUCCCCGGUCAUCGCCGCCGCGGCGCCCGGCACCCCGCUGCCCGACGAUGGCCCCGCCGACACCGACCGCAGCGAGGGCAGCGGCUACUCCUCGCCCUCCGGCUCGCUGGCCUCGCCGAGCAGCGCCGCCACCUCGCUCUCUGCCAGCACCGGCCCCUCCAGCGGCUUCGUCAGCAGCCCCAGCCAGAAGUCUCUGCAGAGCAUUUUGGGGCCCAGCUCCCGAUUCCGGCACGCGCAGGGCGCGGUGCUGCACCGCGACACCCACAUCACCAACCUGCGGGGGCUGAGCCUCACCACGCCGGGCGAGAGCGACGGCUUCUGCGCCAACCACGAGCGCGUCGCCCUCCCGCUGCUCUCCGCUGGCGGCCAGAUCGCCGUCCUCGAGCUCUCCAAGCCGGGCCGCCUCCCCGACACCGCCGUGCCCACCAUCCAGAACGGCACGGCGGUGGCCGACCUCUGCUGGGACCCCUUUGACCCCCGGCGCCUCGCUGUUGCGGGCGAAGAUGCCAAGAUCCGGCUGUGGCGGGUCCCCGAAGGCGGGCUGCAGGACACGCUGCGGGAGCCCGAGGCUGUGCUGCAAGGGCACACGGAGAAGAUCUACUCCAUCCGCUUCCACCCCAUGGCGGCUGACCUCCUCGUCUCCUCCUCCUACGACAUGACGGUGCGGAUAUGGGAGCUGGGCGCCGGGCAGGAGGUGCUGUGCCUGCAGGGACACACGGACCAGAUCUUCAGCUUGGCCUGGAGCCCCGAUGGGAGGCAGCUGGCGACAGCGAGCAAGGACGGCCGGCUGCGGCUCUACGAGCCCCGGCGCAGCCCCCAGCCCCAGCAGGAGGGCCCAGGCCCCGAGGGGGGCCGCGGGGCGCGCGUGGUCUGGGUGUGUGGAGGCGACUUGCUCCUCGUGUCCGGCUUCGACAGCCGCAGCGAGCGGAGGAUCCUCCUGUACCGGGCGCAGGCCCUGUCUGAUGGGCCCCUCUCCGUCCUCGGCCUCGACGUGGCCCCAUCCACCCUCCUGCCCUUCUAUGACGAGGACACCGGCGUCGUCUUCCUCACUGGCAAGGGUGACACCAGAGUGUUCCUCUACGAGGUGACCCCCGAGCCACCCUACUUCCUCGAGUGCAACAGCUUCACCUCCAGCGAUCCCCACAAGGGCUUCGUCUUCCUGCGCAAGACGGCGUGCGACGUGCGGGAGGUGGAGUUCGCCCGAGCGCUGCGGCUGGGGCAGGGCGCCCUCGAGCCCGUGGCUUUCCGCGUGCCUCGCGUCAAGAAGGAGUAUUUCCAGGACGACAUCUUCCCUCCGACCCGCGUAUGGUGGGAGCCGUCCCUCAGCGCCGGCGCCUGGCUGGCAGGGGCGGACGGGCAGCACCGCCGCGCCGACCUCCGGCCCGCCAACAUGACGCCAGUGAGCCAGGCCCCGAAGGAGCAGCCGGCGCGGAAGUUUGUCCCUGCGGCCGUGUACCUGGGGGAGAAGACGGACGAGCAGAAGAAGGAGGAGCCCCGUCCCCACCGCACUGCUUGCCCCAAAGCUCCUCAGCGCCAUGGUGGCCCGGCUGGGCAGCCGCCACGACCCGCUGCCGCAGGACUCCUUCGAGGGCGUGGAUGAGGCCGAGUGGGACUGAUCCGCGCCCGGAGCCCACGGCUCCCCACGGACCCCGGGCUCUCCGGAGCGG